GAUCCUCUAGGUGAAUUUCUGAUUCUCUAGCCCAGUGAAUUUGGCAUUUCUUACAAGCUAAUGUUGUCGGUCCCAGAACCACACUCUGAGAACUAUUGGCGUAGAUUAUCUUUAUCUCAUCUGUAAAGUCAACUAUCCUAAUUGUUCAUCUUCAGCAGAAGAGUAAAAAGGUUUCUUUGUUGCUGGGAAAAGAGCUUCCGAACACUCUAUGGGGUUAGAUUAUGGGUAAAUAUUCCUCUAGGGACUGUAAAGAUGGCAUGAUAACAGAAGGGGAAACAGAAAAUGAAAUGGCCAGAGAGGAGGAAUGCAGAAAUGCAGAAGGGCAAUAUGAGCAGAUCUCCUAACCUUUUGUACAGGGGGUGGAGGGUGGAGUGAGCACACAGCCCAAAAGGUGGCUGCUGUGAGAAGAACUUAUGACAUGGGUUCAGAGUUUCCCCUCAACUGAGGUAUGAACAGGGGUAAAAGGCACAGUCAGUUCAGUUUGCGGGGGCUGUCCAUUUAAUACAUUGCUCGUUUCUUUCGUCUGUGUGAGCCCCAGCUUUGGAGUUCUGCUCCUCUCUCGGGCCUCCUCCUCAGUGGGAUUGUAGUGACCCGUGCUGAGCUCACAGUUUGGCUCUGGUCCAGUCACUUGUAACCUCUUACACUUGAUGGCAUCAGCUGAGAGGGAUGGGCAAGAAGGAAGUGGUGUCUACCAGAUCUGUGCUGAAGAUGGAAACAUCGAAUAUAAACUGAAGCUGGUGAACCCAUCCCAGUACCGCUUUGAGCACCUGGUAACACAGAUGAAGUGGCGGCUCCAGGAGGGACGCGGUGAGGCUGUCUACCAGAUUGGGGUAGAGGACAAUGGGCUGCUGGUGGGGCUGGCUGAGGAGGAGAUGCGGGCCUCCCUCAAGACCCUGCACCGGAUGGCAGAGAAGGUUGGGGCAGACAUCACUGUUCUUCGGGAGCGAGAAGUGGAUUAUGAUAGUGACAUGCCCCGGAAGAUCACAGAGGUGCUAGUACGGAAGGUUCCUGACAACCAACAGUUCCUAGAUCUCCGUGUGGCAGUCCUAGGGAACGUGGACUCAGGGAAGUCAACCUUGCUUGGAGUCCUGACCCAAGGAGAGCUGGACAACGGGCGGGGCCGGGCCCGGCUCAACCUUUUCCGCCACCUGCAUGAGAUUCAGUCUGGCCGAACCUCCAGCAUCAGCUUUGAGAUCCUGGGCUUUAACAGCAAGGGAGAGGUGGUGAAUUACAGUGACUCACGGACCGCAGAAGAGAUCUGCGAAAGCAGCUCCAAGAUGAUCACCUUCAUUGACCUGGCGGGCCACCAUAAAUACCUGCACACCACCAUCUUCGGCCUCACGUCCUACUGCCCCGACUGUGCCCUGCUCCUCGUCAGUGCCAACACUGGAAUCGCCGGCACCACACGGGAACAUCUGGGGCUGGCCUUGGCCCUGAAAGUACCCUUCUUCAUCGUGGUCAGUAAAGUGGACCUGUGUGCUAAGACCACAGUGGAGAGGACAGUACGCCAGCUGGAGCGGGUCCUCAAGCAGCCUGGCUGCCACAAGGUCCCCAUGCUGGUCACCUCUGAGGAUGAUGCUGUCACUGCUGCCCAGCAGUUUGCCCAGUCACCCAAUGUCACCCCUAUAUUCACACUGUCCAGUGUGUCUGGAGAGAGUCUGGACCUUCUCAAAGUCUUCCUGAACAUCCUGCCCCCACUCACCAACAGCAAAGAACAGGAAGAGCUCAUGCAGCAGCUGACAGAGUUCCAGGUGGAUGAAAUCUACACAGUCCCAGAGGUGGGGACUGUGGUUGGAGGAACACUUUCCAGUGGGAUCUGCCGUGAGGGAGACCAGCUGGUGGUGGGCCCGACAGAUGACGGCCGCUUCCUGGAGCUGAGAGUAUGUAGCAUCCAGCGCAACCGCUCUGCCUGCCGUGUGCUGCGAGCUGGUCAGGCCGCUACACUAGCCCUCGGAGACUUUGACCGCGCAUUGCUUCGCAAGGGCAUGGUGAUGGUGAGCCCCGAGAUGAAUCCCACCAUCUGCUCAGUGUUUGAAGCAGAGAUAGUCCUACUGUUCCAUGCCACCACCUUCCGGCGGGGGUUCCAGGUGACGGUACAUGUGGGCAAUGUACGGCAGACAGCAGUGGUGGAAAAGAUCCAUGCAAAGGACAAGCUGCGGACAGGGGAGAAGGCAGUGGUACGUUUCCGUUUCCUGAAACACCCAGAAUACCUGAAGGUGGGCGCCAAACUGCUGUUCCGGGAGGGUGUUACCAAGGGCAUCGGUCAUGUCACGGAUGUGCAAGCCAUCACAGCAGGAGAAGCCCAGGCCAGCAUGGGCUUCUGAGUCCUCAAAACAGCUCUGCUGCUGUCCCUACAAUACAUAAGGUGACUUCCAGCCAUGCUGCCCACCGUCGGCGGCUCUGUGUGUUAAUAGGCUAGACAGUGUCGGCUGCCACUUGCUUCGUGCCGCCUUUCUGGAGAGGUGUCAAGCGUGGUGUGGCCAGGGAGAGGCAGUUCUGAGGGAGAAGACAAUUCAGGGCAGUUCUCAGCUGUGUGCCCCCUGGUUGGCUCAUUAACCCUGGCAGCUGCACGGUCUUGUCUACCGGAGGGAGCGAUGCAUAGCCAUCUUGGGGCCACUAUCAGGACUGGGCAUGACUCACCAGUGUGACCUCUGCACUUCAAGAAUUGUCAUAACUGGGGUGGCCCUUGAAAGCACUUCUUUUUUAUACCUCCUCUCAAGGCCAUGUAAGUUGCCCAUCUCUACCUGACUGUGGAUAAAAGACAGUGCUCCUGGCCAUCUAGGGGACCCAGGGACUGAAGAAAUGGCACAGAGACCGUGAAAGACUGUGUUCCUACCCUGUGUUGAGUCCUGAUGCAUAUUCCUGGCUUUAUUUUCUUGUCCUUCACUUAAGGGCCAUUUCCCCAGAUCCUCCUGUUAGAGGCCCUACUUGGUGCUAUUUGUGGUGCUGGCCCAGGCGUGGGGCUGCCAAGCUAAGGCUUGGCACACCAAAGGCCAGCUGCAUGUCAAUCAGUUUCUUUUUCUCUGCAGGUCAUCUGUUGGUUUUCAUGCUAGAUCAAAUAGUAUGUUUUCCUUUCCCAACCUGGUAGCUGCAGAACCUGACCCACAGUUGUGCAUCCUGGCAUCCUCAUCCCCAUUCCUGCUCCCACAUAAAUUUUCUCUGGUUUUAGUAAUUUGUAGUGACUACCCCCUUCCUUCUGUGGCCGGGAACCAGGAGGAAAGGGAAAGAUAUCAUUCUAGGCAUGGACAACCUCCUUUCCCUUUGCUAGUAUCCUGGGUUCCCACGAACUCAGGGAUUUGUUGGUUGAAGAUUCUCUCUGCACAUGUGUGUAUAUAUAUAUGUAUAUAUAUUUAAAUACACAUAUAUAUUGUACAGAAUAAAAAAUGUUUUAUUGGA